AUGAAGGACAAACAUCUGUGGAAGGAUGCUCACAUACCUGCCAGCAGGAAGAGCAGCCUGACCAAGAUACUGUUGUUCAUGCAGACAUACUUCACCGACGCACUGGAAACAUUGACUCUCUACCGCGCCAGCAACAAAAUGUUGCAGCUACUCAACAAACAAUGUCCACGCCUGACAAAACUGUCCAUUAAGGGGAAGGAUUUAAAGACAACAGACCUUUCUUUUCUUCCCUCGUAUCUGAUGGAGCUGCAUUUGGGCUCGUACCAGUUUGCCGCAAACUGGUACUGCCCGUUGACGCAGGGGUUGCUCUUCCAAAUAGAGAAGCUGGAAGUGUUUUGCCCGAACAUCACCAACAACACCCUGGGUCAUCUGGCGACGUUGCGGACUUUAAAGUCCCUGCAGCUUGUCUCUUGUCGCAGUAGCGUUGUGGACGAGAGCGAAGGGACCUACACGGAGCGCGGAUUCACUUGCCUCGUUCAGCAGCUGACAGAGUUGAGAGUACUACGCUUCCAGCAGUGCUCACAAAUCAGCGACACAGCCUUCUUCAAGAUUGGGAACAGCCUGACCAAGCUGGAAGACCUUACUCUGCACUACUGCUGCAACAUCACUGAUGUGGGUCUGAAGCACUUGAAGAACCUCCAAGCUCUGAAGAUCUUAGACCUCGGAGGCGGGACGCCUGUUUCUCCCGAAGCUCUGAUAGAGGUCCUUGGCUGCCUCAAGAGCCUCCUGGAGCUGUGGAUAUUCGACACGGAGUACAUUCGGCAGCAGCAUAUUGCGCAAAUUGAGGAAAUGUUUCCGAGACUGACGGUGUGUGUACAAGAUAGAUGGGAGUGUAUGGAAGUUUAA